UAUAACAAUCAGUGAAAGCCAGGUUACAGAUGCGCGUUAAAGUCGACCUUCCAUUACUGUUCAUUCUGAAGCUUAGCACUCACAUGGUGUUUUCCUCCACGUUACGUCUUGAUUAGUAUUAGUAGGCUAUUAGCAUAACCCGCAUGCUGGUUGGCUGAGAGGCAAUCGUCCCAUCUUGGUGUAACAAACUCGCCCUGCUUUACAGCGAGGAAGAGGAGGAACGGAAAGCAUCGGCUCUGCACACACUGCUUUAAUCAUAAAAUAAGAGAGGCUAUUUGACAAAAGCCGGCACUGACUGCAGGGGCUGCGGAGGAGGUGGACGAGUGCAAUGAUGACGGGCAAAUCUGUAAAAGACGUUGACAGAUACCAGGCUGUCCUCAACUCUUUACUGGCGCUGGAAGAUAACAAAUACUGCGCUGACUGCGAAUCAAAAGGUCCAAGAUGGUCAUCCUGGAAUUUGGGCAUCUUCAUCUGUAUCCGCUGUGCUGGUAUCCAUCGAAACCUGGGGGUCCACAUAUCCAAGGUUAAGUCUGUCAACCUGGACCAGUGGACACAGGAGCAGGUCCAGUGUGUUCAGGAGAUGGGAAAUGCCAAAGCCAAACGUCUCUACGAGGCAUUCUUACCUGAGUGUUUUCAGCGCCCCGAGACAGACCAGUCUGCAGAGAGCUUCAUCAGGGACAAGUAUGACAGGAAGAAGUACAUGGAUAAGGUCAUUGACAUCCAGAUGCUCAGGAAAGAAAAGAGCUGUGAAAACAUACCUAAAGAACCAGUUGUGUUUGAGAAGAUGAAAUUGAAAAAAAACAUCAGUCCCAAGACAGAUUCCCAGUCGGUUACAGACCUGCUCGGAUUAGAUGCCCCUGUUGCAAGUCCUGUAGUGUCUAAUGGUGGAGGAUGUGUUCCAGACACUAAUAAGAGCCCAGCAGUGUCCAUUCCAGCUCUGGCACACUCUGCACUGGAUCUCUUCAGCUCCCUGCCAGCACCCUCCUCUGCUUCCUUCACUAAAACCACGCCUGUUUCCAGCUCCAUACAUCAGAGCAGAGUGACUGCCUCAGUGCCUGAAAACCUCAGUCUGUUCCUGGAUCCGGCACCCAAAGCAGAGGAGGCCACUGUCAAAAAACUGUCCAAGGACUCUAUUCUCUCUCUGUACGCCUCCACCCCCUCAGUGCACACCAGCAGUAUGGCUACUCACGCAGGGUUGUACUUGAACCAAAUAGGAUACCCAACACACCCGUACGGAUCAUACCAUUCCUUAGCCCAGGCAGGUGGCAUGGGAGGCGCCAUGAUGACAUCACAGAUGGCCAUGAUGGGACAGCAACAGAGCGGCAUGAUGGGACAGCAGAAUGGCUUAAUGGGUGCCCAUGGUGCCAUGGCUCAGCCUAGUGGUGUUAUGGCGUCACCCUACAUGACAGGAAUGACCCAGGGCAUGAUGGGACAGCAGCAAAGCGGAAUGAUGGUUCAGCAGCAGAGUGGCAUUAUGGGACAGCAGCAGAGUGGAAUUAUGGGACAGCAGCAGAGUGGCAUUAUGGGACAGCAGCAGAGUGGCAUUAUGGGACAGCAGCAGAGUGGGAUGAUGGGACAGCAGCAGGUUGGAGGCUUACCUCAUCAGCAGGUGUACGGAGUGCAACAUGCCCAGCAGCUACAGUGGAACAUUUCUCAGGUGACUCAGCACAUGGCCGGCAUGAAUCUCUACAACACCAACGGCAUGAUGAGAUACAGCAGUCAACAAAUGGGAGGCUCGACAACUCCAAGCUCAGCGCACAUGACAGCACACGUUUGGAAAUGAUCUCAUCUAUCCAGAAAGUGAUUUAACGCCAAUAACCCACAAAAGAGAGGGGAACUGAGUUGUAGGAAUUGGUGGAUCACACUCUCCAGGAGGACAUUUUCUAA